AUGGUAGAUGAUAACUCAAGAUCUAAGGAAGGACUAGUGAUUGAAGAUGUUGAAUCAAUGACAAUACAAGGUGUUGCUCCUAAGGAUACAAAAACAAAAUUGGGGUCAAUGUCAAUUGAUCAAUUUCUUAAAGAAAAUGGAAGCGCUGAUGAUGAAGACGAAAAUAUUCAAAAUGGAAGUGAGGAGGCGGAACAAUAUGUUGGAGAUGGAAAUACAUACCAAGAUGAAGAUGGUGAAUUGAAUGAAAAAGAAGGGACAAAGAAGAAAAGAACAAGAGGACCAACUCAAUGCUUAGCAAUACACGGAAGAUCAAUGCAAGACCGUCCAGAAGUUGUAUUGGAUGCAGAUGGAGAACCUAUUGGUCCGAUUGACAAAAUUGUAACUGACUUGAGUUAUUUCCUUGGCACAAUAGCGAGGAAUUCAACCUUUUGUCCCUUGGUUUACACAAGUUUCAAAGCUUUACUCAAAGAUAAAGAUAAUAAGGCUCAUAUAUGGACAUAUGUUCUGGAAAAGUUCAAUAUUAGUGAUAAAGGAGAGAAAGUCGUAUUUACUCGUAUAAAUGAUGCAUGGAGACGCUACAAAAGUUUUAUCAAGAAAAAACACUUUUCAAAGUACUCCACAUUCCUUUCUGAAGCUCAUUUCAAGAAAUUGCUCAAAUAUUGGAACAUUAGUAUUAUCCAGAGCAUUAGCGAGAGAAAUGCUGCAAAUAGAGCUAAGCAAAAGUACAUCCAUCGCAUGGGACCAACUAGUUUUGCUAGAAUUCAUGCUGAUUUGCGUACCAAGAAAGAGGUAGGAGAAAAAGUUACUCAAGCUGAAAUGUUUAUUACAACUCGUCAACGUCAAGAAGGCCGAAAAGGAAAAGAAUUGGAUGAAGAAACACAUAAUGUUAUUAUUAAGCUUCAAGGUUCCAUUCAAAACUCAAGUGAUUCUGUAGAACAAACAUUUAAAUCACUGUUUGGAAAAGAAAAGCCUGGAAGGGUACGUUGUUACAGAAAGACUAUGAAACCAUCACAAUUUAGGAAAAAUGAAGAAAUUGCUGCCAUCAAGAAAGAACAUACAAACGCAAUUAGUGGUAUGGAAAAGAAAAUACAAGAUCUACGAGCAAUUGUAAAUUUUGUGGUAAGGCAACAAAAUCCAGAUUUAGAUGAAAAGGACUUAAAUAAUAUGAUGGCACACGUUUUAGGUAAAGAAAGUAGUGCAACAGGGCCAUAUUCAUCUGCAUCAACCGAUGAUCCGCAGCUAGAAGACAAUGAAAAUCAUGAAGACAAUGAAGGCUAUGAAGAUUAUGAAGACAAUCUUAUAGAAUAA